AUGCAGUGCGGUCGGAUGCGGUUAAGGGGGUUUGGGCGAGAGAGGGGGAAGAGGCGGAGGGCGUGGAGUCUGUGGGUCGACCCAUGGCGGAUGUGCGUGAGGGGGAGGCGGGGGGGAGGAAGGGGAGUGAUGAUGGAGGUGCGGAGACUGGGGAAUAAGCAGGGGGGGGUGGGGAAGGAGAGGGCGGAUGGGAAGGGAAGGCGCGGAAGAAGGUGGGAGGGGGACGAGGCGGGUGGGGAAGAGAUGAUUGAAGUGGUGCUCAACGACCGGUUAGGGAAGAAGAUUAGGGUCAAGUGUAACGAGGAUGACACUAUCGGAGACCUGAAGAAGCUGGUCGCAGCUCAGACGGGGACGCGGCCCGAGAAGAUUCGGAUUCAGAAGUGGUACAACAUCUAUAAGGACCACAUCACGCUCGCCGACUACGAGAUUCAUGACGGCAUGGGUCUCGAGCUUUACUACAAUUAG